CUCUCGAGUAUCGCACUUUCCAAGUUUCACCGCCUCGACCUCGACCGUCGAGUCUGGCAAAACAUGGCAGCUGAGAGGGUACGCGCGUGCGUCUUGCGGCUAUUACUGACGAAACAGAGGCCAAUUGGCAGACCAACUACACAAUGGCCACUGGUUAACUCAUCAAUAAUCCGUUCCGUUCCCCGACGCCCCGUCUCCAACAGCCCGGGACGCCCAAGGCAACCCGCCGACGACCCAGGCUUCACCUCAAUCCUCGACAACCCGCCCGAACUCGUCCGGACAGGCCGCAGGCACGGCCCAGGCCUGAUCAUCCUCGCCAUCAUCCCCGUAACCGCCUUUUUCCUCGGCACCUGGCAAGUCAAGCGCCUGCAAUGGAAGACAGACUUGAUCGCCAAGUGCGAGGACCGGCUGGUCCGCCCUCCCCUCCCGCUUCCCCCACGCGUGGACGCGGACGCGAUCGUCGACUUUGAUUACCGGCGCAUCUACACGAUGGGCCGGUUCCGGCACGACCAGGAGAUGCUCGUUGGCCCGCGUAUGCGCGACGGUGAGCAGGGCUACAUUGUGGUGACGCCGCUCGAGCGGGAGGGGGACGAGGGCGCCAAGGUGCUGGUCAACCGGGGGUGGAUCUCCAAACAAUACGCCGAUCAGCGCAAGCGGCUCGAUGGGUUGCCGACGGGGGAAGUGAGGGUGGAGGGGAUGCUGAGGCAGCCGUGGAAGAAGAACAUGUUUACGCCCGACAACAGGCCGGAUAAGGGCGAGUUCUACUUUCCGGAUGUGAAGCAGAUGGCAGCCUUGACGGGGAGUCAACCGGUCUGGAUUGAGCAGACUAUGAACCCUGAUUUCCACCAGGUCUUGGACUUCGAGAGCCGAGGUAUCCCCAUCGGGCGGCCGGCAGAGGUAAAUCUGCGCAACAACCAUGCACAGUAUAUCUUCACUUGGUACGGCCUCGCCGUUGCCACGUCGAUAAUGUUCUAUCUGGUGGUCAGAAAGCCGCCAUCCGACGUAGCACGUCGUGUUCGCAUGAAUAAACAUUGGUAAUGAUGCUCAACCGGUUCCUUCCCGAACCUCAGGUCACAUCUUCAUCCUCCGCCCCGCCCUUUGUCCUGCGGCGCUUCUUCGGUACAGCAGGGGGUGGCAUGCGGAGCUCUUGCAGCAACUCCCUGGGAAGGUGGCGUUGCGCCAGAGCGAAGACUGUUGUAUUAGGGUUGAUCUGACGCUGCCU